AUGGCCACCGAUUACAAGCAGAAGGCGUCGCCCACGGCGCACAAUCAGUCCAAAGCACCCUCGACCUCUGCGAUUAAACUUAUCAGAAGUGGCAAUGCGAGUGUCAGGGAACGAAGCACGUUUAGUGGAACGACAUGGAGGCCUAAACGGCUCGAACUCGAUGGCGAGGCGUUGACCAUCCUCAAUCCUUCCUCCAACAAACGAAUACGCAUCUCAUUGCGGGAUAUCGUUUCACUGGAACGCACGGACUUGACGGACCAUUCCUUAGGCCUGAAAGCCAGGGAUAAAUGCUACAACCUCUCGUUUUCCUCAGAUCCAGAGCUCUACGACUGGCAAGACGACAUAUACCAACGCUGCCCACUCGGAAAUUACAGUGCACCGUUCGAUUUCGUGCACAAAUCACACAUAGGAUCGGAUUCGGUGACUGGGACGUUUACGGACGCCAACAUCCUUCCCAUCUACGCAGAGAUCAUCGGCGGGCAACCGGCCGGUGGGCGUCCUUCGUCUGCAAUUGUCGUUUCACAGCGGUCUCGGCCAGCCUCCGGCGCGCCUUUAGCGGCGGUAGUCAAGAAUGGCUCAUCACCUUCAUCAACGUCCACAAUCCUAGAGGGUCUCUAUGUGGUGAAACACUCUGGCCUAUUUGCGGGCUGGAUGUGGAGAGAACGGUGGCUGACACUCACACCACAAACUCUCGUCAUUCAUCGCCGCAGUAACAAAGUAUCAUCUGCAGCUAAAACCAUAUCUCUACCUACUGUUACUCGGGUUGAACCCGAUGCGAAGAGGGAUAACUGCCUCAUCGUCGAAUUCACGACCCGACCGGCGUCGUCUUCCUCGGCAGCUGCACCGCCGACAGACACGAUCGCUAUCCUCUUCAAAGAGAAUUCGGACCUAUAUACGUGGCGGGACGAGCUCUACCUUCGAAGUGCGCUGUCCUCGCCCAUUGGGAAUCCCACGAACUUCGUGCACCAUAUGCACGUUGGGUUUGAUCCUGUGACAGGAGCGUUCACGGGCCUGCCAGCUGAUUGGCAAGCUGUGAACCCCUCAUCGUCCACGGCGGGCGACAAGAAAACCCGCCGCCAGUCAAGGCGCAAGUCUGCGCCCCUGGAAGUCCCGGCCAUUGCGUAG